GAAUAGACCGGUAAACGCAUCAUACCGGCUUAUCCUCUGACUCGUCUCUGCCACCCCGGGCACAUACAUUCGGCCGGGUUUAACAAGAAUACCGAGUCGGCGGGUUGACAAGCAGGACAGUUCCAUUCUCCUUUCCCUUCUCUUUGGUUCCCGCCCUAGAUUUGACAUCAGACAUGGGUUAUUACGCAUUGUAUAUGUAUAUAAUAUAGACCCUACAUGAGUCACAGACCAGAGAAUAUAGGAACCUGAUCAGAAGAUCAAUAUCAUUCAAGAAACAUCCGAUCUCCUUGUUUUAUUGUAACGCCUACGCUCACUUCGAAGAUAGUAUCUUCCUACCUACUAGGUAGGAAAUAGUAUAUUUUAAGUCUACGUACCUAACUUAACAAGCAGUUCUCAACUCAAGUCAACGAGACGUCGUAUCAACACCUUCACGAUGACGGCAAAUGACACUAGCACAGCAGACGGAACGAUAAACGAAAAAGUAUCCCCUUCUAUAGACGAAUCCUCCGAUUCAAAUAGCUCUAUCAUCGUUGUUGGGGACGAGAGACAUACUCCUGUCGCCAACCCUAAUCAGGAGAAAGGCCAUGACCUCGCCAGACAUACCACAGUCGUAUCCCAUCAUGGAGACUCUAUACGACAGAUCCAAACUCGAGAAGACGGCACUGAAUACCCUACUGGCAUGAAGUUAGCUUUAAUCACUUUAGCACUCUGCCUAGGUGUCUUUUUGAUGGCACUCGACAACUCUAUCAUCGCAACCGCAAUUCCCAAAAUUACAGAUGCUUUUCACAGUCUACCUGACGUGGGCUGGUACGGAAGUGCCUACUUAUUGACCACCGCGGCCCUGCAACUUCUAUUCGGGAAAUUCUAUACCUUUAUGAGUAUAAAAUGGGUCUUCCUCGCUGCGAUCAGCAUCUUCGAGCUUGGAAGCUUGAUAUGUGGAGUUGCUCAAAACUCGGUGACGUUGAUCAUCGGCCGUGCCGUCGCCGGCCUUGGCUCUGCCGGAAUCAUGUCGGGGGCGCUUCUUAUCCUUGCGCAUAGCGUCCCUCUUGCUAAACGGCCUAUGUACUCUGGUCUCAUCGGCGGCAUGUACGGUAUCGCAUCAGUCGCCGGCCCCCUUUUGGGUGGCGUCUUUACUGAUAAAGUGACGUGGAGAUGGUGUUUCUACAUCAACCUACCGAUCGGCGCCGUGACCAUCCUCACCAUCCUAUUCUUCUUCCCCGAGCCGAAGCGGAGCAAACCCAAGGACGAAACGCUAAUGGAGCGCGUCAAGCGCUUCGACCCCCUCGGCACCGUCCUCUUCAUGCCAGCCGUCAUCUGCGUGCUCCUCGCCCUGCAAUGGGGCGGCACGGAGUACCCGUGGAAGAGCGGGCGCAUCAUCGCGCUAUUCGUCGUCUUCGGCGUCCUCAUCCUCGCCUUCAUAUACGUGCAGUACCUGCAGCAGGAGAACGCGACGGUGCCUCCCCGCAUCUUCCGGAAGCGCACCAUCUGGUCCAGCAGCCUGUUCGCGUUCGGCGUCGGGUCCGGCUUCUUCAUCAUGGUCUACUACAUCCCCAUCUGGUUCCAGUCGGUCCAGGGCGUCAGCGCCGUCGACUCCGGCAUCCGCAACCUGCCGAUGCUGAUCAGCGUCGUGCUCUUCUCCAUGGGCUCCGGCGCCCUCGUCACCGUGUUCGGGUACUAUGCGCCGUUCAUGAUCCUCGGCUCCGUCGUCAUGUCCGUCGGCGGGGGGCUGCUGUCGACGUGGAAGCCGGAUACCAGCGAGGGCGUCUGGAUCGGGUACCAGAUCUUAUUUGGCGCCGGCGUCGGCAUGAGCAUGCAGCAGCCGCUGAUGGCCGUGCAGACGGUGCUCGAUAUCAAGGACGUGCCGACGGGGACCUCGAUGCUGGUCUUCGUGCAGACCAUGGGCGGCGCGCUGUUCGUCAGCGUCGGCCAGACCGUCUUCAGCAACAAGCUCGUCCAGGAGCUGGCCGUCAACGUCCCGGGUCUCGAUCCGAAUAUCGUCUUAAGUGCCGGCGCGACGAACCUGCAGAACACCCUAUCGCCUCAAGUCAUUACGAGCGUGAUACUCUCGUACAGCAAUGCUCUGACGACGGCGUUCGUCGUCGGGACGGCGCUGUGCGCUUUCACUAUCUUCGGCAGCGUUGCGAUCGAGUGGAAGAGUGUGAAAGGCAAGAAUAUCGAGGCUGGCGUUGUAUAAGUUGCCAGAUUUCUCGGAUUACGUUGAAUAAUAAUAUCUUUAAUAUUUUCCUUAUAUUGUAUGCAUAGCCGGGCCAGAUUUUAGACCUGCCUAAUAGGCAGGCAAUGGGAAUGUCUCGGGGCGUAUAGAUUUGGCGUUUGAUGAAAGGCCAGGAGAUACCAGGUACAUGAAUGAAGCGUUAAGGGAUGGUUUCCAUUGCAUGAGGCAUGGAAUGGUAUAGAUGAGCGUCGGUAUCUGCUCUAACCUUAGUCUCUAAUCGAAAUAAUCCCCUCUACA